AUGGGGAAAGGCAAUAAAGAUGACAGGCUCAGCGCAUUGCCGGAUGACAUUCUGGUCAACAUUUUUGACCGACUCAGUGUACGCGAUGCUGCAAGAACCAUCGUCCUCUCAAGUCGGUGGGGUCAGCUCUGCGCCAAGCUCUCUCGGCUUAUAAUAAGUUCUCUAGACUUCCUGCCCAAGGACGCGUCACGCAGCAGUGCCAACAUCUCUGACGAUGAAUUGGUUCGGAUCAAUGCAGCCGUGGUUCAGGCAACAAAGAGCGUGCUGGCGCGCAGAAAUCCAGGUGAACACACCAUCGGCCUUCUGUCCAUGACGUUCCACUUGGUAGAUGAUAUCCCCAUAUCCAUCGGGCACGCCGUUGGUCAUGCCAUGGCGACGCACCUAGUCAAGAAUGCCAAAUUUUGUGUUAGGACAAGGAAGGAUGACGAUGAUGAAAUUGAUGAUGAUGAAGAACUGGUCAUCUGGGAGAGACGAUUCAUGUUGUUCUUUGAUGCUUCUCCAGUUGCAUUUGGUGGUCUCACUAGUCUCAACAUAGGGAAUUUGAGAUUUGGUGAGUCAGACAUAUCCAGCAUCCUCACCACUUGCAAGCGGCUGAAGCGUAUGCACUUGUACAAUUGUGACUCUGGUGAUCAUAGCACCCUGCAGGUUGAACACGCUAAUCUCAGUGAGCUUUGUAUCGUAUAUUGUCGUCUCGAGCAAGUUAAGCUGAACUGGCUCCCUCAGCUCACAAGCAUAGUCUUUGACGGUUGGAUAGAUUUCCAAGAUCCACUGGUUCUUGGUCAUGUUCCGUUGCUCGAGUCUGUAAGCCUCACAAAUGUUGCCCUUAGUUACAACAAGAUGGUCAAGUUAAGUAGGUUUCUUGGCAGUGCCUCUCCACGAGUUCUGAAGUUGGGGUUUAGGUCCGAAAUGAUUUGGGUGCAGCCAGAAUGUCCAACGCAAGAUCUGGCAUCUGUGUUCCGCCAACUAAGGUUUGUGAACCUUGUUAAACUUCCUGAAGGGUAUGAUCUCACCUGGACAAUGUUUAUUCUUGAAGCUGCACCCUUACUGAAGGAGCUAUACAUGACAGUCUGGGAUGAUUUGUGUUCAAUGGAAAUGGAUGAGGAGAAGAGAAAAAAGGAAUCGUAUAGUGAGAACAAGGGUGUAGAGUGGAGCGCGGCUGCAGCUGAUUUCCAACACCACAGUUUGGUCACACUCGUCAUCUUUGGCUUUGAAUCUGAAGAUUAUGCUGUUAAUUAUGUCAGACGUGUCAUGGUGGCAGCGGUCAAUCUAGAGGAUGUGUUCCUCUAUAGUAGGUUGGAGUUGGAGUGCGGCAACUGCCAGGACAAGAAGCCCACCAGGUUCGCCGAAACCCAGAAACCCAGCAGCAGUGUGCGACGAUCAGAAGCAGGCAGAAGGAGGCGAUCCACGGCAGGCUCCAUAGGCGGCAAGGCAAGGAUGGAUGAGCAAGAUGAUAAAAACACAAAGGCUGAGCUGAAACUUUGCGGUGACAUAGCUGUUAAGAGAAAGAAUUACCGUGGCGCGUCCGCAUUCUACAGCGAGGCAAUUGAGCUGGACCCUAGUGAUGCGACGCUGUACGCAAACAGGAGCCUUUGCUACCUGCAAAUGACUGAAGCAGGUAAGGCAUUGCGUGAUGCUAACACCUGCAUAAAACUGCGGCCCGAAUGGUUAAAAGGUUACUACAGGAAAGGAGCUGCUCUCAUGUCGUUCAAGGAGUACAAAGAAGCAUGUGACGCAUUCGAGGCCGGACUGAAACUGGACCCUGGAAACACCGAGAUGGAGAAAGUAUUGCAGGAGGCAGUUGAGGCGAUGAAAAAGGAUGACAUGGCCAAAAAAAGAGAAAAUGCUUCAAGCCAUCCAGCUAGAGAAAAACAGGCACGCAAAGGGCGUGGCCGCAACACCCGUUGA